CGUGCGUCCGUUGGUCGUGCUCCGUUUUCUUCUCAAUAACGGCACACACAGAAACAGGCGAAGGCAUUCGUUUCCCUCCCAUUCCCAUUCCACUGAACGAAUGCACAGCGGCGGCAGCGGUGACUGCAAAAAACUCCCGGCGACGGAGACGCCGUCGCCGACGACGGCGACUAUGAAAAAAGGGCCAUGGACGGCGGAAGAAGAUAAGGUUCUUAUGGACUACGUCAAAAAGAACGGCGCUCGUGACUGGAGCUCCAUUCAAUCCAACGGUCUUCUUCCCCGAACAGGCAAAUCCUGCCGUCUUCGCUGGGUCAACAAACUCAGACCCAACUUGAAAAGUGGAUGCAAAUUCACUUUAGAGGAGGAGCGCACGGUGAUCGAUAUGCAGGCAAGAUUUGGGAAUAAAUGGGCACGAAUUGCAACAUUCCUUGAAGGUAGAACGGAUAAUGAUGUCAAAAAUUUUUGGAGUACUCGGCAAAAGAGACUGGCUAGGCUUUUGCAAACUCCACUUCCAGUCAGAUCUCAGAGGAGGCAAAAGAACUCACCUGUAUCUUCUCAAGUGCCUGAUUCUGAGGGUGUUUUGCUGCCAAAUGAGAAUUCUCCCUCGCUAGACCUCAUUCAAAUUACAAAAAAUUACUCAAAUGAUCAAUACAGCUAUGCACCAUAUGUUGAAGGCCAAGAUUCCACUAAAAUUAUGGAAAGUCUCAAUCUUGAUGCAGCUACAACUCUUCUAGAGCCAGCCAUUAUCAGAGACUCACCUCAACUGUCAAUCGAUCACUCCUUAUUUGACCUCCCUCCACUUGCAGAAGAGCAGCCAGGUGAAAUAAGUUUCCAUGAUCAUUUUAUUUUGGAAGAAAACUUCGACCCCAUGGAGCUUCCAAUAACACCGCCGACGACAUUCUUUGACGACGUAGAUUUUGAUGACCAUUAUAAGCAAGUAGAGCAUCCAGGGACACUAGAAAGCAUCUUCGACGAUAAGCUAUUUGGUGACUGAAAUUAUGCUCGUUAGUACAGAUAUACGGCUAGAUUAUUGCGCCUGCUGUUUUAUCAGUUUUUUCUAUGCUUCUUUGAACUAGUGUUCUCAUUAAAUAUGUCAAGCUUAGUGCUUUCUUUAUUAAAUAUAAUUUAUAGAAGUUUGGUGUA